AUGAACGAUAAUAGUAGUUUGAAUAGAACAGAAUAUCCUACUGAUUCAUUUGACUAUGGUAAUUUUGCACAGAAUAAAUCCAAUAAUCCUACUUAUUCACUUUCUAACGGUUCCUAUACUCAAGAUGUAUUACACUCUGCACGUAUGGCCGCGGCUGCAGCGGCGUGUUGUUUAAUAUCACCACUUAACAACAGUUAUAAUAAUAAUAAUAUGUCAUCUUUAAACAAUUAUUUAGUGGAUGAUGACAGAACUAAUAUGAUUAUGACAAAUACAGAUUCGUUAUUUACAAUCACAUUUACUCCAACAACAACAACACCAGCAGCAUCAACAUCAUCACCAUCAUCCUCACUCUCCCAUGGACAACAACAUCAGGAGCAUGAGUUACAUCAGAAUAGUUUACAUGCUGAUCAGCACAAAUCAUCAACACAUUUAUCCACAUUUAAUCAAAUCUCAAAUAAAAACUUUUUUGGAAAAAGUUCCAAACAAAAUUUUUCUAAUGCGAAUGAAUACAUUUCAAAUGGGAUUCUAGACAACAUGGAAUUAAGUAAUAAUAGUAAUAAUAAUAAUAAUAAUAAAAACAAUAGUGAUAAUAACACUACUAUUAUGAAUAAUAACAAUAGUAAUGAUGAACUGAGUACAUCAAAUAUGUUCAAUUCUACUACUCAUCUAAUUCGAGAUACUACGCACAAUAAUCUAUCACUUUUUCAUGGGAUGAGAAUACUUCCUGACAUGGAGGACAAUAAUAAUAAUAAUAACAAUAUUAACUCACUACUUACAAACUCAACUAGUUCAACUCUAACUACUUCACCUAAUAUUGAUCAGAAUAAUUUAAAUUCAAAUUUUAUAUCUAAAUCAAUAAAUCCAUUAAUGGAGACAUCGAAUUUGAUUGGAUCAUGUUUUCCAAUAAUGACUCAAACAUCAACUAGUUCAAUGAAUAGAAUAAAUUCAUGGUUUACAACAGUAACAGAAGAUGGACAAUCAUCGACAUCAUCAUCAUCAUCAUCAUCAUCAACAACAACAACAACAUCCAUCUUUAACUACAACAUUCAGUUAUUCAGAUUCGAAUGAAUUACAAAAGACAAUCAAUUUAUCAAUAAGCUAAAUAUAUAUUUUUAAUUUCUAUAUGUUUAUUGUUUCCAAUGCAUAGAUUGAAUAUAUUGGAUACUCACAUGUAUUUAUUGAUUUUUAUUUACCUUGUUUUGUAAUUUAAUACAGUGAUUUCA